AUUGAUAAUCUCAUAUCCCAAUUUUCUAUUCCCUCUUAUAAAAAACCAAUAACUUGUUGUGUACUUAACAUGCCUUUAUAUAGUUCCAUAUUUAGUGCAACCAUACCACAUAUUUUGAGACAUGGAAAGAAAACUGACUACUUCACAUUCAGCCAUUUAGAAGCAGCAACCAGUUCAUGUUUCUUGUCCUUCAAUCAUAAGAACCUCUCAUCAAGCCACAUUGCUUCGGUGUCGAAUUUCGAACAAAUUUAUUCUUCUCACUUGAUGGAGGAGGAAAGACAAAUGGUUGAUGUUGUCUCACAGCCAGAGGAAUAUUCCAAAGAAUUGAAUGUUGCUGUCAGAGCAGUGCAGAUGGCUUGUUCUCUAAGCCAGAAAGUGCAAGACACUUUGAUCUCCAAGCCUAGUAACAAUUCCAAGGAUUGUAGUUCUUCAGUCACAGUUGCAGGUUGGAGUGUCAAAGCAAUUAUCAGCUGGAUAUUAUCUACAUGUUUAAGGGAUGAUAAUAUCUCUAUUCUAGCUGAAGAGGAUGUUCAUACUCUCUCCAACACUAAUUCAUCUGAACUACUAGAAACUGUGGCAAAAACUGUGAAUGAAUGUUUAGCUAAAGCACCUCAAUUUGGAGUUGAAGCCCCAGAAUCACCUCUUGGAACAUCAGAGGUUCUUGAAAUCAUUAGUCACUGCAACUCACUUGGAGGUCCUUCUGGAAGAUUUUGGGCACUAAACUGUGAUCAGUAUGCUGUAUCUUUAUCACUGAUAAAGGAUGGAGAAGUUGUGGUUGGUGUUCUGGGGUGUCCUAACUACCCUAUGAGAAAGGAUUGGCUUAGUUAUCAGCAAAGCUAUCAUAGGAUUAUGUCUAAGUUGAUUCCUUCAACAAAUAGAACUUUAAAUGAAGGUUGUGUAAUUUGUGCUAAAAAGGGUAGUGGUAAGGCUUGGAUCCAACCACUGAUCCAUGUCAAUGAGAAGUUUGUGUGGCCAAACCAUGCAAAACAAGCUUCUGUUUCUUCUAUUGAUAACCUAGCAUUGGCCACUUUCUGUGAAACAGUUGAGAAGGCUAAUUCAAGCCACUCUUUUACUGAUGGACUGGCUCAUAGUGUUGGUCUCAGUAAUAAGCCAUUAAGAGUUUACAACAUGGUGAAAUAUGCGGCAAUAGCUUGUGGGGAUGCUGAGGUCUUUAUGAAGUUUUCAAGGAGUGGUUACAAGGAGAAAAUAUGUGAUCAUGCUGCUGGUGUUAUCAUCAUACAAGAGGCAGGAGGGACAGUAACAGAUGUUAGGGGUUGUUCCUUGGAUUUCUCUAAAGGUUCACAUUUAGAAGGGAUUGAUCGUGGUAUAGUUGCUUGUGCUGGAUCCACAUUACAUGAAAAUAUCAUAGAUGCUGUUGAUGCUAGUUGGUCUUCAUCUACCCUUUGAAUUGAAAUUGUUUCAUAAAAAUAAUAAUGUAUUGUGAUCUUGUGAAUUAUAUGCCCUGCUUUAACUUCAGUUAUUGUUGAUGUAUUUGUACUAGUAGGUUGCUGGCAUGAGAUGAAUAUUGUUUGAAAUGUUAUCAAUAUUUCUUUGUAUCCUCAAUGACAUUUACCAAGUCGUUACUUUAUGUA